CUGCGGGAAGAACGUGUGCUUCUUUGUCGCAGCCCAAGGCGCCACAAGCUUCUGUGCCCAACGCGGAUGAAGCGAGUACGGAGCGACUAUCACAUGUUUGUGCCAGGAGUGCUAUCGGUGGCCCGCAGCAUACCCGAGCCGCUGCCCAUUAUCGCAUCGCCUCGCAUUCUUGAGCUUGAGCUGCCACCCAGCAAUCUUGAGCCAUUAACACGCUCGGUGGCGGCGCAGACCAGUACGCCGCCCGAGACGGAAGAGACCGACGUCGCCAUUGCCGAUGCUGGCGACGAAGACGAGAGGGCGUAUAGUGGUGUACGCACCGAGAGCGAGGCGCGGCUCUUCCAGUACUUCCUCGCGCGCUGUCCAUCCGAAGACUUUGCCGAUAUCGCAGCACAGUGGAAUGCGCUACUCCACACGUGGCGCGCCGCCGACUGCCUUGAAGUCCGUCUUGCGACGGGCCUUGUCACGAUGACCGACGUCACGCUCAAAACCGCCGACCACCUCGCGGUCCACGCAGCCAUCGAGCGCGCGAUCGGCCCAGCGACCAGCGAGGCAAGCACAAAACACCAGGUCGUCGUUGGCAUGAGCGCUUUGGCAAGCACGCCGACACUGCGGAAGAGACAGUACCUUCCGUGUCCCCACUGCGGCCACAAGACCCGGCGCCACACGAAAGACUUGGCGGAAACGUGCGAGCUGUACCAGUUUUACCGACGGCGCAACGUGGCGACGUCCAACGGGUAUUCGUUCGAGAAGGCCAUCGAAGACUUUGCGCAGCAGCAGGACUCAGAACCCGAAGCGUCAAGUGCUAGCUACAUCGUUUAG